AUGGCGACCACCGCACCUCUUAGCGCUAAAAGCAAGCUUGCCGGCCCCGGCGCAUCCCUCAAAAUAACCCCCUCCAAUUCCCCGGUUCUGAGACCAGGCACUCGAUCUCCCAAUAAAUCCUGCCAUCAAUCGACACUUUCCCUUCAGACAGUCCUCGGCACUUCCACCACCACCCCUAAUGGAUUCUCCAGUCACGAUCAAAGCAAGAGCUUCGCGCUGUGCGCAGGUUCUGCUGCCGUCCUUGCCGAACUGGAUGAUGACGCCAACGUCACACAACGAUUUUUUCGAGCUCGUCCCUCCGCUACCAGCGUGAACCCAAUAUCCUCCUUUUACAACCAAGGAACCCCUCCAUCUACACCGGACCCCCGAUCACGAUCCUUAUCCCACAUUCGCUCCAACCCCCACCUCAAUGUCCCCAAUGGAUCACCGUCAAGCGAAGGCCCCGAUAAUGGCAGUCCUCGCGCCUGGUCUUCUAGAGAAAGAGUCAAGGCUGUCACCAGUGUCUCCAUUAGCCCCAAUGGACGCUUUUUAGCUGUAGGAGAGACCGGUUACAAUCCUCGAGUUUUGAUCUUUUCAACGGCCAAAGACGCUUUACCUGAUGUUCCCCUCUCGAUUCUAUCGGAACACACAUUCGGUGUGCGCAGCAUAGCCUUCAGUCCCGACUCCCAAUACUUGGCGACGUUGGGCACCAUGAACGACGGGUUUCUCUUGAUUUGGGCCAUUAACCUCAAGAAUGGGUCUGCCAGAUUACACUCGGCAAACAAAUGCACGGCUUUUAUUCGCGACAUGUGCUGGGUUGGCCAGUCAUUGGUGACAACCGGUGUGCGCCAUGUUAAAGUAUGGAGACUACCUGUUCCUCAACGCCCCGUGUCCCCAACCAAGUCUCGGCUGCAUAUGGAUGGAGCUGCCCCGUCACCAAACCCCGCUCCCAAAGCCCUGUCGGGGAGGAAUUGCUUGUUGGGAGCUCUGGGCGAUAAUACAUUCGGUUGUAUUUCCAGCAUCUCAGACCAAGAAGCGGUGGUUGGCACUGAAUCUGGUGCUGUGUGUCUUCUCGAUGACCGAGAAGGGGCGCAAAAGUUAUCCUUUGUGAGCCAGCUUGGAUUUGGCAUAACCUCUCUAGCGGUUGAUUUCGAUCGAGAGGCAAUCUGGCUCGGUGGACGUGGAAAGAAAAUACAGAAAAUGUCUUUCGACGCCCUGCGGACAGCGCCCUCAUCGACGCCUGUGUCGCCUGUCAGAUCAGGAAAAGUCACCCCAGCACCUGAUAAGCAGAGUAAGGCCCCUGCAAUCACCUGCAUGGGGUCACUUUUCUCGCACCUCGUUACCGUGGAGACAACUCGUGAAAUCAACAUCUAUCCGAUGGAUGCUUUGCGUGACGAAGGCGAGCAGGAGAGUGGGGAGACUUCGAUGCAGGCCCACAGAGACCCAGUACUCGGCAUCCGACGCUUCGCGAAGCCAAACGAAUUGUCGGCCGACUUUUUUUCCUGGUCACGGAACGGUACUGUGAACUUUUGGGAAGCCCCAGGCAAGUGUGUAUCUUCACAAAAGGUGCCACUGGAGCAAGCGGCUGCCGUGGAAGAAGAUGUUGCAAAUGAAUUGAAGGUCCUGAGAGCCUCAGAAAGGGGAGACUGGUUUGUGUCAGGUGACAAAUUUGGAGUGCUCAAGCUCCUCUCCACUAAACCAUGGGCUUGCGUGAACGAAGCGCGGGCUCAUGGCGCGGAGAUCACUGACAUCGCCAUUCAUACCACUCCCGAUGCUUGCCUCAUCGCUAGUUCUGGGCGAGAUCGGAUGUUGCAACUUUUCCAGAAAACAGAAGACACUUUGCGACUGAUCCAAACUAUGGAUGAACACGUUGGUGCAGUCGGGCAGCUUCUUUUCAUGAACGAUGGUGAGAGGCUGUUGUCUAGCUCUGCAGACCGGACGGUUAUUGUCCGAGAGCGUGCAACCCGCGAAGAAAAUGGUGAAACCUCGGUCGCCUAUCUUAUCUCUCGGAUCAUCACCUUGAAGGCAUCUCCUGUCUCUAUGGCGCUCUGCCCUGACGAUCCCAAUACGCUCUUUGUCUCGACAGUGGACCGAAAUGUUUCAAAGUUUGACAUUCCUUCAGGCCGACAGCUACACUGCUUCCGAACAUCGGAUACAGACGUGAAUGACGCUGUGGUAAUGGGAUCAUUGACCGUCACGUCGGAGAUUCCUGGCCUCUGUCCCAAGCUCCUUAUCGGGGUUUCCAGUACAGACAAAUCCAUUCGGGUUUACGAUCUUGAAAGAGAUAUCCUGCUCACUGGGGAAUUCGGCCACACUGAGGGUGUCUGUGACGUUCUGCUUCUGGAAGAAGCUGGCGAUUCUGAUAAAUCGCCCCCAAAACGAAACCUAAUAUCUGCAGGUAUGGAUGGCAUCUUGAUGAUUUGGAAUUUGUGUGUGCAACCUCAGCCAUCUCCGGAUCUUCAAAAUGGAAACGAAGACGAUGGCCCGAUGAAGGAGAUGGCAGUGGCCAAACCCCCUCUUCGGAAGGUGCUGUCAAGAAGCGAGUUAGCUGGCUUCCGACCUGAAAAUCCUCUGGGAACACCUACACCAGUGCGCGAACUCUCUCCGACUUUAUCGAGAAAGUUGUCCAAGCUCUCGUUGACGCCAUCAAACCUGAAAAACCAUUCUCUCGCAGAGACACCAUCGCCUGCCAAUCGUCUCUCGCCAACCUCGUAUACUUCAAUCCAUCAAAACCGCCGCUCUCCUUCACCAGUGAGCCCGAAAUCUAGACCCUCGGCUUCAAGGAAACCCAACGGUAUGAGGAACACAAAUCGCCGCACAUCUCUCGAUUUUAGAUCUCGCACAAAACAAUCGUCCCGCAACGAGCUCGGAAGUUUGGAAAUAUCUACUGAGCAAUUGUGCCGCACUCUUCGAGCGUAUCGCAAGAAGCUCAAUGCCUCUUCUGAGCAAAUAGAAGUGCAAAAAGAUCUCGAGCGCGAACUCAGUCUCACUCUUCGCGCUGUCAAUGCACGAUCGCUCCAAAGUGACGAGAGUGUGGAGAGUGCCGAGACAGAAACAGAUAGUAGUGGCAAAGACAUGGACCGCAAGCCCAGUUUCUCCUCUAUAUCUCCAAGGUCGUCUCAUCGGCCUCGCCAUGCACCCUCGACCCCAUCGCUACGUCAAAGAAAUCUGCCAAGGGGGUUCAGGAGCCAAUCUUACGAUGCAACUACUGAUGAAUAA